AUGAAUUCAGCUGCUAUACAUGAUCUUCUAAGUGGUAUAGCUGGUGCAAUAGUUUCAGUUUAUGUUGGUCAACCAUUAGAUACAAUCAAAACUAAACUUCAAAUAUUUCCAAAUCAUUAUAAAAAUUUUUUCGAUUGUGUUCAAAAAAUUUUCUAUAAAGAUGGUAUCCAUGGUUUCUAUGCUGGAACAGUACCAGCAUUACUUGCAAAUGUUGCAGAAAAUGGAGUUUUAUUUAUGGCAUAUGGACGAUGUCAAAGUUUGAUUUGUUUAUUAAAUAAUAAAAAUCAUCAUGAACAAUUAACACCAUUAGAAAAUAUGGCAGCUGGAAGUUUAGCAGCAAUAUUUGCAUCAUUAGCUUUAUGCCCAACUGAAUUAGUUAAAUGUCGAAUACAAACAAUGAAUGACAUGCAGUUACCCAAAGAAAAUCAAAUGCGUAAAACAAUUUCACCAAUAGAUAUAACACGAAAUAUUAUACGUACUGAAGGUAUACGAGGAUUAUAUCGUGGUUUAACAGCAACGUUAGCUAGAGAAUGUCCGGGUUAUGGAUUUUUUUUUGGUGGAUAUGAGUUAACAAGAUCUUUAUUAACAAAAGAAAAUGAAAAGAAAACAGAUAUUGGAUUUGUUAAAACAUGGAUUUCGGGUGGUAUGGCUGGUAUUUGUUUUUGGAUAUUUAUGUUUCCUAUUGAUGCAAUAAAAUCACGUAUACAAGUAUUGAAACCAAAUAUGAAUAUUAUGAAAUAUACAAUUAAAUUGAUUAGACAUGAAGGUUUUACAACAUUGUAUACUGGUCUAUUACCAACACUUAUUCGUAGUUUUUUUGCUACCGGUGCUUUAUUUAUGACUUAUGAACAAGUGCAAUCAUUUCUACGUCGUGCAUUUUAA